AUGGAAAAAGGAGAAACAAGUAAUUCUAAACAAAAAAGAAAACGUGAAGAGAGUUGGAAUCCUCAUAGUUCUUGGGAAAACUAUGAAUAUGAAACUAUGAAUAAAAAAGGUUAUGCAAAGGCCACUGGAAAAUGGACAAAAGUUGCGGAAGAAUUUAAAUCUUACUAUGAAGAAACUAAAUCUAAAAAAUUAUUAAACUUAGACUGUGUAAGAAAUCCAGAGGAUAUACUACAAAGAUGGUCUAAUGAUAUGAUUAUGCUUAUAGCAACCGAUGAAAAAUUUUCUAAGAUAAAUCUAAUGGAUGUCAAGAAUUUAAUAGCUUAUAGAACAACAGGAAAUGUGGUGAAAUUCUUAACGAGUAUUAAUGAUGAAACAUGGAAUCAAUAUAUAGGAAUGGUAGAAAAUAACAAUCAACAAUUUGAAAAACUAAUAAUGGAAUUAAUAUAUAAAGAAUUCAUAGGCUACAACACUCUUGAACAUAAAACAGAAGUAAAUAAACUUUUGCGAGAAAAGGCAGAAAUUCAUCUAAUUAAUAUGCAGAUAUGUAAUAUGUGUGAAAUAGAUAGUUUCAUUUGUGAGUAUAAAAAAUACUAUUAUGAAUUAGAUAAUGAGACUAGGGAAAUAUUUAGAGGAGUCUUUAUAUCCAAGUUACCAUACCCACUUAGUGCAAAAAUAAGAGGUAUAUGGAAAUCCCAACCAAUUGAAUUAGGUGAUAGCUUAGGUCAUUAUGUCAAUGAAUGUCCAACAAAGAAAGAAAAAGAUGUUAAAGAAAAAUCAAAACUAAUAAAGAAAGUAUAUAAAAUAUAUAAUUUAGAACCAUUAGAAGAUGAAUUAAGUGAUUCUGACUGUAGUGUAUAUGAAUAUAUAGAGGAUGAACUAUCUUCAGAAGAAACAGAAUCUGAAUAG